AUGGUCCAUGACAUCAGAGUUACCAAGAAGUACACUUUGCUGCUGUUCUUGGUGACCAGCGGAUUUAUCGCGCCUACGGUGUUCGACAAAGAAACAGAUUUGCCAGUGAUUUCCACGGCAGGCGUGUCGAGGGGGGUCUCCGUUUUGCUGAUGGUCACGUACGGGGCAUAUCUCUUCUUCCAGUUGUCUACACACAAGGAACUUUUUGGAUGCGAUCCACCAGUCAAGCAGUAUCCCACCCGAGAAAUCCACGCUCACGCGCUGAGAGCUGAAGCACACAACGGCGGUUCCGCACCACAACGACAAAGAAGCGAGGCAGUGGAGCUCUCGAUCUGGACGGCGUCCGUCAUGUUUGUCAUAACUACAGCUCUUGUCUAUUUCUGCGUCGAUUUUGUUGUUAAUAGUGUUCUGGAGCUGAGGGAACGCCACAAUUCCCCGAGUUUCGGCUUCAGCGGUUACAUCCUGAUUCCCGUCCUCAAUUGUGAUGUAGCCGCAGUUGAGCAGGCCGAACGAUCAAUGAAUGCAGUGCUGACAUUUACGUUUGACAAAUCACUACAGAUGGCUUUGUUUUGCUCUCCAUUCCUGGUCCUGGUGGCUUGGGGUGCAGGAUUUGAUGAAGCCAGCCUAUCUUUCGACAUACUAGCAGUGACAACGCUGUUCACGUCGGUUUACCUGAUGAAUGCCAUUUCUGCCUCGGGGAACUUUAACCUACAUCUUCCGCGUCCGAAUGGGCCGGUGCAGAAUACGGAGCAGGCGAUACAGACGCAUGUCAAGCGCAACCACGAAUGCGAAGACUACCACUGUCCCAUCAGCAACAAGGCCUUCAAAAACCGGCCUGACAACGUUGAGCCUCACGUCGCCAGGAAGCAUCCCGAGUUUCUCACCUCGCUGUAUCCUCGGGGAGCCGAAUCUCCUGAUCUCGACGAAUCCACCAUGGCACAUGAUGACGAUGCACCAGUGACCAAGAAAAUACGGCAUGAUGAAGACCCAUAUCUCGAUUUAACAACGUCAAGUGAAGACUCUGGUUACGGAACUAUGGUACCAGUGCUUGGGUUCAAUGAUGAGGAAUGUUUCAGUGUUUUUCAGGAAUCGUACCUAAUUGUACCGAAACUACCUGAUAAAGCGCCCGUAAAGGAGGAGUCCCGAGACAAGUAUCUCCCACAUUGCAUUCCCAUAGAGGAUGUCAGGGGAAAAUCCAAUACCGCACCGAAUCAAGAUAGGGGCAAGGGAAAGGAUUUAGCAACAAGGAAACGAACAUUGGCGGACCAGUCGGGAAGCAGCAAGGACACCACUGACAAGAGUGGGUCCUCGUCAAGCCAGGCCACCUCCAGCAAACGCAGACGAACCUCUGAUCGAAAGUUGACCUUUGCCUGUCCAUACACGAAGAAGGACCCGAUGUCGUAUCGAGAUUGCUACAAGUACGUGUUGAGCAGAAUUCGAGACGUGAAGCAGCACUUGGCUCGAUGUCACCGCAACCCGCCAUAUUGUCCUCGGUGUAUGGGCACAUUUGAGACAGAAGAGGAACGUGACGGACACGUUCGAGAGUCUUCUUGCCCGUUACGGCCACCAGUCAAGCUGGACGGGAUCACAGAGUCACAAAAACGCCAACUUGCGAAGAAGUCGGCUUCGAAUACCUCCGUAGAGGAUCAGUGGUUUGCCGUGUUCGACAUUCUGUUCCCAGGACACGAUCCACGCCCUCGGUCGCCGUACAUCGACAGCGAGCUUCUCCAGGAUAUCACACUCUAUCAAGACUUCUUGACAAGUAGCGGGCCACAAAUUUUGUCAGAUGUCCUUACUCGGCGGGGGGCUAUCACUUGGAACCUCCCGAAUGAGGAACGGGAUCUUGCAGCCUUCCAGCAAACCGUCUUCGAGGAAGGGCUGCGUGCAAUAUUCGAUCAGUGGGUUUCCCGUAGGAGUAACAGUAGUCAAGAGCCGAGCGGGCCUUCAGGGUCAGAGAGCGUUGACCAAGACACUCCGCCAUCGUCCUCCACCUCUUUAGAAAGAGUCGUCUCCAAUUCAAAUGACGCCUCCGGUGUCGCACCUCCCAACAUGAGGUUCAGCCUGUCUGGCCGAGGGCCAACCGAUACACUCGCCGGUAGCGAGCAAGAGGCUUCGUCAGACCAAAUUGUGUUCGAUGAAGGCUUGGAUGGGAUCCUCGAUUUUGAGCAUGAGGGCGUUGACUUCCAACCAGCGUUGAAUUACGACGGUCCGGACGAGGAGCUGAUGAGAAUGAUGUUUGGCACCCACGAGAGCUCUUCGUUUCAGCCGGGUCCAGACUGA